AUGAAUGAAGGAGAUAUGAAUGAAGGAGACAUGAAUAAACGAGAUAUGAACGAAGGAGAUAUAGGAGAUAUGCAUAAAGGAGAUAUGCAUAAAGGAGAUACGCAUAAAGGAGACAUGAAUGAAGGAGAUAUGUAUGAAGGGGAUAUGCAUGAAGAAGAUAUGUAUGAAGACGAUAUGAAUAAAGGAGAUAUGAAUAAAGGAGAUUUGAACGAAGGAGAUAUGAGCGACUUCGAAGGAGAUAUGCAUGAAGGAGAUGAUAAUAAAGGGGAUAUGCAUGAAGAAGAUAUGUAUGAAGACGAUAUGAAUGAAGGAGAUAUGAAUGAAGGAGACAUGAAUGAAGGAGACAUGAAUGAAGGAGACAUGAAUAAAGUAAAUAUGAACGAAGGAGAUAUGAAUAAAGGAGAUAUGAACGAAGGAGAUAUGAAGCUCAGGUUAGGAAGCUAA